AGCAGAGCCCACGAAGACGCCAGCGCCAGGUUUCAGGAGAACGGGGCUGAGCCGGCCUGGACCUCCCUCCUGUGAGGAGAACCCGCGGCGCUGCCGCGGCCGCGCCCCCUCCGGGGACAGUUGGCGGGGGACGGCCAGGCACGGCCGGCGCAUGCGCGCGCCCGCCAGGCUCCGGCGCGUGCUCGGUCGUCCUCCGUCCCCGGGCCUCCCAGCGACCCUCGGGCCGGGCCUCCCCACCUGCGGAGCAGGGAUUUUCCAGCUCCCUCCGGCCUCAUCCCGCGUCAUCUCGGGAGUGCUCGUUCGCGCUUCCGAAAGCCUCCCGCGGAGCCCCUCAGGGCGGCCGGAAGUCAAUGAAAAUUCUCUGAAGAGAUUAAGUGCCUACUUAGAAAACCUCCAGAAACCAGGCUUCAAGUCUUUGAAACCCACUCAGCUUACAUUUUAUAUAAGAGAAACAGACCAGAAUCCUUCUGAUGGCCAGGAAAACCUUAGUACUUCCGGAUUUCGAGCAGUCAAAUUUACUUUGCACACCAGAGAUCUGCUAAGCACAGUAUUAUAUAUUCUCAACUCCUGCAGUUUAUCUGUUGAACAUAUCCAAAGCUUGAACACUAAUGUACGUUCCCAGCCUCUCAAAGAAGUUAAAAGGACGUCAGACAGGCCCAUCAAGUGGGACAAGUCUUACUACUCCUUCACUGGAUUCAAGGAUCCUGAUGAAGACCUUGAACAAGUCUCGAGAAUGGAAACAACCUUAACAUCCUGGUUAGAUAACAAUGGAAAAUGUGCUGUUAAAAAGCUGAAGAACAGUUUGCCACUUAGGAAAGAACUAGAUCGUUUAAAAGAUGAACUCUCUCAUCAAUUGCAACUCUCAGAUAUCAGGUGGCAGAGGAGCUGGGGCAUCGCCCACCGCUGUAGCCAGCUGCACAGUUUAGGCCGCUUAGCACAGCAGAAUUCGGAAACACUCAGAAAAGCAAAAGGGUGCACCAUCAUAUUCACUGACCGCUCCGGCAUGAGCGCAGUGGGCCACGUGAUGCUAGGAACCAUGGAUGUCCACCACCACUGGACUAAGCUUUUUGAAAGGCUGCCAAGCUACUUUGACCUUCAAAGGCGGCUGAUGCUUUUAGAAGACCAAAUAAGCUACCUUUUAGGUGGCAUUCAGGUCGUCUGCAUUGAAGAACUGCAGCCAGUACUGACCCUGGAGGAGUACUACUCGCUUCUGGACGUGUUCUAUAGCCGAUUAGUGAAAACCAGAGUACUGUUCCACCCUCGGAGUCUGCGCGGCUUACAGAUGAUCCUUAACAGUGACAGAUAUGCCCCAAGCCUGCAUGAACUCGGGCACUUUAACAUCCCAGUGCUCUGCGAUCCAGCAAAUCUCCAGUGGUUCAUUCUCACCAAAGCACAGCAGGCGAGAGAGAACAUGAAAAGAAAGGAAGAGCUGAAGAGCAUUGAGCAGGAGUUGAUAGAGGCUUCGGCAAAGAGGUUCUCCCUGGAGAAGCUGUACAAGGAGCCCAGCAUCUCGAGCGCGCAGAUGGUGGACUGCUGCACGAGACUCCUGGAGCAGUCGCUGCCUUCCCUGCGUGGCAUGCACCUGUGCGUCUCCCACUUCUACUCCGUCCUGCAGGACGGAGACCUGUGUAUUCCCUGGAACUGGAAGAAUGGAGACGCCAUUAAGUAACACAGAGACCUGUUUUAUUUUUUUAAAGCCAUAAGAAAGAAACUGUUAAAUGAAGCUUAUUUAAAUCCACAGUUUAAUACAACAGUAUUAUUUACAUAUUACAAAAGCAAAAUUUCUAGAUGCUGCUUUAAAGGUAGACUUUUUUUAAAUUAAUUUCUGCUAGAAAAUCUGUUUUGAAAAGGUUUUAUCUCCCAGUUUUACCAUGUGGGCUGACAAACCUAGGUAAAAAGAGGUUAGGAGAAAGAACAUAUUUUUAGAGAUAUACAAAUGAAUGAUUCUACAAGAGUUGUCUAUUUUUAUAAAUGUAAAUGAGGCUGGACAAGUGUGUGUGCGUGCGUGUAUGUGUGAGAGAGAGGAUAUAAGAAAAGUCUGGAGGGAUCUCCUCCUACAUGUAACAUGACUCAACAUGCAUCGUUACGGUUACAUCUCUCAUGUACAAAUGCACACACGGUAUUUUGCAGCCAACAAGGGACAGCUGAUGUCCAAAACCAAUGAUGGAUAAGUAGAAAAAAUUAGAUAAUCGAUUUUUGCCUCAGAGAAAAAGGAACACGAUCAGCUGAAUCCAUGGGACGGACAGUGUCAUGAGCAGUGUGACGUAUUCAGACGUCUUCAGUGACGGAGAAUUUAGUUGUAAACUCAUCAUUUCUCCUCCUGAUUAAAAAACUAGCUGUUGCCAGCACCAAACCAGCAGACUGGACACUUGUCUGAAGCCCUGAAGGAGGGGAUUUGUUGGUCCCCAUGGGCACACACCGUCAGGAGGAUUCUGGCCUGCAUCCCAGGGAGCUGCGGGGAGUCGAGUGGAAUGUAAAACGGCUCACACCACUCAGGACUUCUGUGCCCCCAGCCCCCACCUUCCUGUCCCUACCGACAUUUGAAACCCCUCGUUAGCCAUGCGGGGUUAGCCAUUGCUCCUCCAUAUCAGCACAACUCCAAGUGGCUUACGGCGUCCCCAGCAGAGCCAGAGAUCAGAUGUACGGGGUGCAGCUCCCUCUGCAGUUACCCCGCCAUUCCUUCGGGUCAUAUUUUAAACAAGAUCCAGGUCCUUUCUCAAGGAGACAAGGUGAAUCCCAGUGCAGGACACUGUUUUUGUGGCUUUUGCUGCUGAAGAAAUCGGAAUUUUUUUCCACAGUGCACUGUUACAGUCAGUUAACUGAAGUAUGUUUUAAUCUCAGCCAUGGAUUAUUUAAGUAGUCAGAAUUCAAAUGUGUGUUCAGAAGUGUUCAUUUAUUAUAAUUGUGUCUCUCAGCUGUACAAUUUGAACAUCUCCAGUCUGAAAUGCCCUCCAAUCCAAAAUGGUUUGAGCAUCGACAUGAUACCACAAGUAGGAAAUUCUACAGCUUGAACUUUGUUCCAUGUACAAAAUUAUUAAAUGUUGUAUAAAAUUGUCUUCAGUCUGUGUGUAUAAGGUAUAUAUGAAACAUAAAUGAAUUUCGUGUUUAGAACUGGGUCCCAUCCCCAAGAUAACUCAGAACAUCUGAAAUCCAGAACUCCUCUGGUCCCAAGCAUUUUGGACAGAGGAUAUUCAGCCUGUACUGAAAAUCUGUUUUCUAAUGUAACAAAUGCUGUCACCUGUAACAAUUUCCCACAACCAAAUAAUGAGUGAAAAAUUAAAACUUUACAUAAGAAAUUAAUCAAAAUGUGAGGUUUGAUUUGUGCGUUUUCUAAAAUCGAAAUACGUUUUGAAUUGGAUUCUUGUCUCAGAACUAAUGGUUACAUGAUAAAUAAAACCUACAUCA